ACCAUGCUUGUUUGCUAGCUUGCUUGCUUUGGUGCAGUUAAUACUUGUAAAUGAAUUAUAUUUAAACAUAUUUUGGGGUCAAAGUUCACUUCGCUACACUUCAAUUUUUUGACCUGCAAAACUGGCUAAAGGAAACGGUACGAUUGUAUCUUUGUCGUUUUCCCCCACUAGCAAAGCAUGAUGAUACUUGACCGACAGCGGUUGAUUUAGCGAGCUAAUUUGCAUGUAAAUGUAUGUCGUUUAAUAUAGCUACACGUGACAAUAAUUUGAUAAUAUUUCAAGUAAUGAUCUAAUUUCACCAGUUACUCUGCAACGUUUUUCGAACAGAUUUUGUACGGUGUGACUGUGUCGGGUGAAAGGUCAAGCGGCCAUCUUUGAAGAGAUCCAGAGACUUUUAGAAAGACAGCUGGCUAACGGAGUGACGGUAUAGCGACAUAUAUGUGUAUUGAAACGCACAUUUACUAGACUGUGAAUGGAUGUAUUGGUAAUGAACUUGCAACUAGUAUCCCAGAGUAGCUAGAGAGAAAACAAAGCCAGUGAAUAGGUUAGCUAACUCGCUAGGCUAACGCUAUCUAGCUAGGACUUUCUAGAUGGCUAUUUGUAAAUAGAUACUAUAACGUUAACGUUAGAUAGCGAGGUAAACACGUUAACUAGAUUGCGAACUCAUCAAUGUAAAGGCGAUUGCAUAAUUAAUUGAACACGUUUUUGUAGGUAGUUAAAUUAAGGAAGACUCGAGAAGCAUGGACAAACAGACGUUUGGGUAGCAAACGUUAGGGGGUUUCAUGCAUAACAUUAGCAGGUUGCAUGGCUAACUGUCUGGAACUUUUGUUUUUGAUGACAUUGCUAGUUUCCUUAGUUAACGUCCAAGAAACAGUUGUGGGGUGAGGCAUAUCAAAGCAAGACCUCUCUGGGCACAUCAUGUCAUCAUUUUCUGAAUCUGCGUUGGAGAAGAAGCUUUCGGAGCUCAGCAACUCUCAGCAGAGCGUUCAGACGCUGUCUCUGUGGAUCAUUCAUCAUCGCAAACACUCGUCGCUCAUCGUCAAAGUAUGGCACAGAGAACUGAAGAAAGCAAAAAGCAGCAGGAAGUUGACUUUCCUUUAUCUUGCCAAUGAUGUGAUUCAAAACAGCAAGAAGAAAGGUCCAGAGUUCGCCAAAGACUUUGAGACAGUCCUUGUUGAUGCUUGCUCUCAUGUUGCAAGAGAGGCUGAUGAUGGCUGUAGAAGGCCCAUGGACAGGCUGCUCACUAUCUGGCAGGAGCGCAGCCUCUACAAGGUAGAGUUCAUCCAGCAGCUGAAGCUCGCCAUCGAAGACUCUAACAGCCCCCAACACCAACCCACAGAAGAGAAGAAGGCCCCUAAACGGACCUAUCAGAAAAUCCAGGAGCUGGAAGAAGAGGAAGAAGAUGACGACUACAGGGGCCACAUGUCCCCACAGGAUUCAGACAUCUCAGGGCCACAGCUGACGGAGGAGCUGGUCAAAGCCCUGCAGGACCUGGAGAAUGCGGCCUCGGGUGAUGCUGCUGUGCGCCAGAAGAUUGCCUCUCUGCCACAGGAGGUGCAGGAUGUGUCCCUGCUAGAGAAGAUCACUGAUAAGGAGGCAGCUGAUAAACUGUCCAAGACGGUGGAUGAGGCCUGUCUACUGCUGGCUGAGUAUAACGGACGUCUGGCUGCUGAGCUGGAGGACAGGAGGCAGCUGGCACGCAUGCUGACAGAGUAUAUCGGUAGCCAGAAGGAAGCCCUCACCGAGAGGGAGAAGAAACUGGAGGAGUACAAACAGAAGCUGGCACGGGUCACACAGGUGCGCAAGGACCUCAAGUCCCACAUCCAGAGCCUGCCUGACCUCUCUCUGCUGCCCAAUGUGACGGGAGGUCUGGCUCCUCUACCCUCUGCUGGAGACCUGUUCUCCACCGACUGAGCUCCCUGCCAUACCCUGCCUCUUGCCAGGGCACACACUGUUGAACCUGCUCUCUUGCUACUGAACCCUAGGGAGAGGCUCAGAGGGACAGUGGGAGCUUGGGGACAUCCCUGGUGGGGGAGACAAUGGUUGUUGACGAUUCUGUUCCACCAGCUUGGACAAAUUUCUCCUGUUUGUUUUUAUUAUGAAUGUCAGUCGAACGCCAGCUAACUGAUUCUGCGUUGGAAAGAAGAGAAGUGUUGGUCAUCAGCCAAUCCCCAUUUUUCUGCAUUGUUUAUGUGCUCGUAUGGUGGGAUGGUGGCUCACACACCCACUAGAUCUUUAUGAAGAGAUGCAUCUCAUUUAUUUUAAUGGCUUUAAAGUUGGUUGAUUUUUGUAAUGUUGGGGGGGGGGGGUGUUUUUCUAUGUAGGUUAUAUUUUGGUUGUGACAUUUUCAUCUUCCAUUAUUCCAGCUCAACACUUUUCAGGUCUGUCAUCAAACAUGUUUUGCAUUGUCAUGCAUACCAAUCAUCAGUCGAUACCGUUACAACCAUGUGGUAGUUUUUCUCAAUCCAAUGUGAAAUAUUUUAGCCCUCAGACAUGUGGUUGAUAGAAGUUAUGAGAGCAAACGUGGGGCAGAUGGAGACACUGACUUACAGUCACUUAGAAACACGUGUCCAUAAAAUGGUCUUUGAUGAGUUCUUCUCUUUCCCAGAUGAUUGCAUCACUUGGUACAAAUGUCAAACUAACUAGCAGACUGAUGCUUUUCAGGGCUAUGCUUUGCCACCAAUUAUUCAGACUUGACAGAGUAGCAGAAUCUGAACUGGCUCAUGGUUCAUUGUCACCACUGCAGUCCUUCCUUCCUCAGGAGUCAAUCGUUAACUCAGUUUUACGAUGGUUGACAAUCUGAUUUCUGCCAUCUCUUUAGUUUGGAUUAUGGAUCCUGGGAGAUAAGUGCUUGUCAAUGUUACCAAAUGCAGUAGGAGUAAUAGGAGGGCAUCUGCCCCAAGAAAUUAUGUUUUGCAGAUGAUGUACUAAAGCGGUAGUUUUUCAGUAAAAACAAAACAAAUCCAUGGAUACAAAUAAAAUUGAACAAUUGGAAAAAAAA